UCCAGGUUGGCGCGCUGCUAGAUAGACUGUAGUACUCGGAACCUUCGCGAACGGUUAUUUUUCACGCAGUUCAGAAAUGAGCGAAACUCCUGAAGAAAAAUUGGCCAAAUGCAAGGAAGAGCAUGCCAAAGCCAGUAACGGACCAGGCAUCCACUUCAACAGUCCACAAACUCCAUUUGAACUUGUGAUGCCAGGAGGAGUACAGAAGUUUCCAAACAUCUACUUUGACAUGACGCUUCUAGAAACGAUGAAAACCGUCACGUUUGAGUGGCGUUCUACAACGAGGAAGUUGGACCUGCCGCUGCUGGAGGUGGUUAUUGACCAAUACAAGCCAGGCUGUCUUAACUAUUCUCUAGACGACUACGAAAUACGAAGCUACGCCAUUCCAGAUCCAUACUUCAAGUUCACCAUAGGCAAGAGACACAUGCUCAAGUUUUUCUAUAACAUCGAGAAUUCCAUCCUACAGAUAUUCAUCGACGGAGUACACGGUCUGUUCGAGAGCUUGGAGAAAUUCGAAGCGGGGCUGUUGCACGACAUUGUCCGCAUCACGGGAGACGUCCACAUCGAUGCUAUCCACGUUCCUUGCGAUACGCCGUUGCCUUUGCCGCUGACUGUCCAACUAGGAAACCAGCAGAAGAUGCUCUGCGAUAUCAAGGGAAAGAAGCGAGAAAAUUGCUCCAAACAGAUGAGCUUAACGCUUGGGGAGCACCAGGUUAUGUUGCCUCUGGAUGACGAAGUUGACAAGGAAGACGUAACAGUAAAGUUGAACCGAUGUGACGAUGGCAAAUUCACGGUCACCAUGAAUGAUGCGGUAGUGGACGUCCUCCCACAGGAAAACGUGCCGUCUAAAGUCACCAUUAAAGGUGACGUCGACGUGUCGUGGGUGGAAACGGGAGCAAGCGUGGACGGAGCAUGUAACGAAGCAACAAACUUGGACAAGGAUCAUUGAAGCGCACGCUACUUCUGCAUGACACAUGAAGAAGAACGGCAUCUGAAUUGUUCAUUUCUCUCGGAAACAAAGAGUGAAAAAAUGGCGGCUGUUCCAGAGCAAUAAAAUCCUGCAUUAUGCGUAAAUUGCGAAUA